AUGGAGAAAAGACUUAGCUCUGCUCUUCGAAACUCAUCACCACAAGAAUUCCUUUCCUCAGCCACAAAAUUGAAUCUCAAAACCUCAAAACAAACACUCAAAUCCUUAAUCCACUCAAUCCCCUCCUCUUCCCCUCUCUCUUCCUCUCUCCCUUCCUCUCUUCAUACUUUCAUUUCCAAAUCUAUCCUUUCCUUCCGCAACCCACCCGAAACCGGAAACGAAACCGAAAGCGAAACCCCCACCAAUUCCCCUCCUUCUAAAAGACUCCGUCGAUCCGCCCGAAGGAAUAAAGAUGAAGAACCCAAUUUCAAUUUCAACCAGAAUCUUGAGAAACUCCAGGUUCUUACUCAUGUUGCAUUUCUGUGCGUUUCGCAUCCCAAAAAUGUGUUUUCGCCUUGCGAUUUGUUGCCUGCUGUUCAGUUACUUCAUGAUAAUUUGAUUGUUUUUGAGUCGGCUUCUUCGAGUUUGUUACUGAAGAUAUCCAAUUUGUGUGAGUUUUACUGGAAGGAGAAUUUACAGGGGAAGGAAAUGUUGAUUUCACAGUUUUUACCGUUUCUGGUUGCGCAGUCGUUGACAUUGAAGAAGAAAGUGGAUGUGCAUAGAGUUUAUGUUUUACGUGAGGCGUUUACGUUGUUUGAUUUUGAGGAUGAGAGUAUUGAGGAUUUGAAGUUGUUGUUGAUUAGGAGUGUGAUCGCGCCCAUUUAUUUGAAGACUGAAGAUGGGAGGAAGUUCUUGGGGUUUAUUUUUGGGUUGAGUAGACAGUUAAUGAAGGAGGCAUUGGCGAUGAUAAAGUCGCAGAUUGCAUUUGGUAAGAAGUCAAUUUUGGAAGCAUAUGGAGAGGUUCUGUUUCGAGCAUGGAAAGGGAUUGAUGGGGAUUUGAAGUAUGAAUUUGAGGAUGGGUUCUUACAGGGUUUGAUUGAGGGUGCAAUAUAUGCCAAUUCUGGGGUGUUUGCAGCUUCUGUUAGGAGGGUUUUGGGUGGGUUUGUUAGUCAAAGGAUUACUGAUGGGGUUGAAAAGUUGCUUUUUCGGCUUGCUGAGCCUCUGAUAUUUCGGUCACUUCAGGUUGCCAAUUCAAAUGUUCGUCUUAAUGCGUUGCAUUUACUUUUAGAUUUUUUCCCUCUUGAAGAUCCUGAUUCAAUGAAAGAAGUUAAAGAUGCGCUGCUUAAUAAGCAGUUCUUUUUAUUGGAGAAAUUGAUCAUGGACGAUUCUCCAGAUGUAAGAGUUGUUGCUGUAGAAGGUUGUUGCCGUGUCCUCCAUUUAUUUUGGGAAAUCAUCCCCUCUUCAACCAUUACAAAUAUGCUUACAAAAAUUUUUGAUGACAUGUCACACGAUAUAUGCAAUGAGGUCAGGCUUUCAACGUUGAAUGGCAUUAUUUAUUUGUUUGGAAAUCCACAAUCUCGUGAAAUUCUUAAAGUUCUUCUACCAAGACUGGGGCAUCUGGUCCUUGAUAAUGCUCUUUCUACUCGUGUUGCUCUCAUGGAUCUCCUCCUCCUUAUAAGGGAUAUUCGAUCCUUCCAAUUUAAUAAGGUGGUUGGUUUAGAUGUGCUAUUAUCAACACUUGCAAAUGAUCAUUCUCAGGUUGCACAGAAGAUUACAAGAUUGCUUAUACCAUCAUAUUUUCCCGCAAAAGUUAGCAUUGAAGAGGCAUGCAAUCGUUGUGUCACUCUUAUUAAAAGGUCUCCCAUGGCCGGUGCAAGGUUUUGUGAAUUUGCUAUGUUGGAGGGAGCGUCUCCUAAGUCUCUCAUGGAGCUUGUCAAAGUGUUGAUCAGAUUGGUUUUGUCACAUAAAAAACUACAUGCAGAACAGAUUGAGGGUUUACUUAUUGCUGCUGCCUCCCUAUGCAACAAUCUAGUCACUGAGCCCUGCUAUAAGAAUGCACUUAAAGAGUUUUUGGCUGGUGGAAAAGUAAAGCGCUUGUUUGCUGCUGCAUCUAUUGGGCAUGCUCAACCAUCUGUACUCAACAUUUGUUCCACCGUUUCUCCUGAUGAUGUUGCUGGUCUUGUUGAAGAAUGCAUGAACGUAGUUACUAAUUGUAGUGGAUUACCAAACAAUGUGGAAAUGCAAGCUGUAGUGAGGUCUGCUCACAAAUUACUGUUGUCUUGUGGUGGCUUUGAUGAUAUGUUUGAUUCUUUAACGAGGCUUUUGCAAAAAGCUGCCUACCUUUGCCGUGUUAAAUUUGCAAUUGAAAUACCAAAGCAGAGAGUUUCCUCUAGAAAAAGGAAGAAAUACAAGUCAGUCAAAAUUUCAGCCAAGAGGAAGAAUGUAGGUGGUGAAAAUUCAACCAGUUUUGAGGAUUAUUACUCAAUCGCUGUUGGAAUAGCCUGCCAGAUAAAAGACCUGGUUGCUUCUCAGGACUCUCGGGAAGCUAUCUUAGGGUCCCAAGCUCUAGAAUCAUCAUUCCUUGCUCUGAAGGUCAUUUCAGAGGUCAGCAUUGAGCACUGCAUCUCCUGUGAGUACAUGGACACAACGCCUGUUUUGGCAUAUUCAGGUCUUGCCUUGCAUAUGAGUCUUCAAAACAUAAGCAUUAGUCCAAACGAUAAUGGCAGCAAGAAGAGUGAGGGGACAGACUCUUCAUCAAUUUUGGAGGCAAGUAGCAUCUGUAGACAGGAGUUGUCACGGUUUCUCACAUAUGCUUCUAUUUUUGAGAAUGAGGAAUGUUUGUUGAUGAUGUGGUCUAAUUCUGCUUACUUCAAAUCUCCUUCUCAUCAGACGGUGUUGGACCAGACAGUGGAUAACCUUCUUAAUUGUACUGAUAAGCUGUGCGGAGAAGUCAACUCUAGGGAAACUCAAGCAGACGCCUCUGUUUCAAACAAUGAUGGAUUUCUCUCUACCAAAGAAAGGGGGAUGUCAAAUAAGGUGAAGAUGCUUACUGCAGUGUUAAUGAACAUAGUUGAUUCCAUUGCAAUGGGCCUUGUAUCUCAUAUUCAUGGAAGGUGCCUGAACUUUACGUCUGCAUAUUUAAAACACAUCAUCUUUGCAUUAGAGCAACAAUCUAGUGAAAAACUGCAGUUUAAGGAGGAUGAAUUGAAUGAUAUUUUUCUGUGUCUGAAGAGCUCCUUCAGCUAUGCAGCCAAGUUGCUCAAUCUGAUCCUUAGUGACACCAGUGAAACUUCACCUCCCCCAACAGAAGCUUUUGAGCUUGUCAACGAUAUGCUUGAUCUAAUCACCUCAAUCGAAUUGCACUUGGGCUCUGGUUUUGCAGCAGGCCUAGUAGCUGCAGCCAAGUCUUGGCUGCCUGAUCUGAUUCUUGCAUUGGGAUCUCUGUGCAUGCUAAAGCAGACUCAAGUAGAAAGCACAUAUAUAACUGCAUUAGAUUGCAUUAAGGUCCGUUAUCCAUCAUGGCCUAUAAUUUUAGCAAAGAGCGAGCUUUAUGAAAUAAGAGAAGUUAACCCUGAAGAGGUGGACGAUAUAACUUCUGAACCAGAUGAAUUUCGUGUGUUUAAGAAAUUCAUGGAAAUGAUUGUUCUAUUAUUGAAGGGGAAGUCGAACAUACUCGAUGCAGUCGGAGUGAUUUUUUUGACUGGCUCUGUUGUUGGCCUCGAAAGGAAGGACUUUGGAGUACUGUUGGGACUUAUACAUUUUGUCUGUGUGAAGUUAGUUGGAGAAGAAGACAGGGACUGGAAUGAACUUGAUAUGAUGCUGGCUUCUCUGCCAGACAUCUACCCUCGGAUUGAGAGAGAGAUAGAGGAACAGAGCGAUGAAAAUGCAAGGCAGAAAUUAUGCAGUGCUAGGGUGUUGCUUGAACCCGUUUGGUUUUAUCAUAGUCAUGAAACUGGGAGGAAUGCAUGGAUGGGUAGUAGUUGCCACUGCAAGGAUCCACAUUUCCAGAACAUGCUGGUUGUUAUGACUAAGCUCAAUGACAAGGGUCAGGAAUCAUCCUAUCUAGUUGAGAAUGUUGCAAAGGAAACCCUUUUCUUCAGUGGUUGCUGGCUCUAUGCAUGCUCCAGUUUUCCGGACAGAAGUCAAUUACAGAAUCUGGAAGAUGACGAGAGAAGUAAGUUGCAAGUUGCAACCUUUUCUGAACUCCAAAUGCGCCAUUUUCCUGUCGACGGUAAUCGGCCAGUUCGGCUGGCAAACUUUCUUAUUGUGACACUGGCAUCACUAUCCAUCAAACAUUAG